AUGGCCAAAUAUGCAUUCAAUGUGGAAUUAUCAAUCAAGUUAGUUUUUUUUUCUGAUGUUAAACUUGUUUCUAGAACUUUAUCAGCUCAUAUUGAGAAAACUAUUGAACUGCUCAAUAACAAAUGUUUCUAAAAUGAAUCAUAGGAAAAAGAAAAAUCCGAGGUUACUGUGGUAACUACAGUGUAGUUGUAAGGACUACAAAGAUUACUGUAUAAGUGCAAAACUAAAUAGUUUACGGAAAAAUUAUUACCUGUUUUAUUUUUUAAGAUAAAAAUAACCGUUUAUAUUUUCUGUAACUACAUUUUUCUAGAAAAAUCCCAAGCUACAGUAUCAGUAGUUUCACAACGCGGAUUACUGUAGCUCAUUAGAAAUUCUAGGAAUUCAAAAAAAAGUUUCUGAAAUUUAAUUGCUUUGCUAGCUUAAAACUCUAGUUCAUUAAAAAGCUAAUUCAUUUGAAAAGCGGAAAAAAGCAACUAAAAAAUAGUUCAUUAAAAGUUCUAUCUCUCAUAAUUAGAGUCUCGAGAAAAACCGGAAGCAUCUCUUUUUUUUCCAGAGAAUUCGAUGGGGGAGAUCCUCUGGCUUUCAAAAUGGAUGGACAUCGAUUCGAUGGAGCACUUCGAACUCUAAAAUGGUCCUCCGAUCAAACAUAUACAGUGAAAGUUGUGACAAAACCAGCGACUGAAGUGAAAUCAGUUAAUGUGAAUGGGCAGGAUAUUGAGUUGUCGAAGGAGAAGUUAGGCGAAUUCAAAGGGCAAUGGAAAACGGGAGGAGCAGAAACAUCGAAAAGGGGAACAAGAACACCACUUGUUUUUGUGAUUACUGUAAGUUUCAAAUAUUUUAUGGGGGGUGAAAAAGGCCACUUCAGAAAAAUAAUGAAAAAUUUCAGUUUUCACCAGAAGGUCAACUUCGAGCCGAAUUCCAAUCGAAAAUCUACUCCAAAAAUGAUUCUCAUGCAGUUUGGGGCCAUAAAAUGAAUGCAGUCGAAUUCAAAUGCAGUGCAGCCGAUGAUGGAGUUGUUCACAUAGUCGAUGAAAACUUCAAAUAG